CCCUGCACCAAGCCGCCCUGCUUUUGCUUUGCUCCUCCCGCCCCUUUGCACAGCCACUGGGGGCCCGGCCAGGCCAGCUCCCCGGGCCCCCGUCUCCGACGGAAACGCUGCAAGCCACCUGCUGCCCCGGCCAACACAAGCGCUUGAUGGACGUCCGGAGCGAGGCAGAGCGGCCAAUGGGCGGCUGAAGCUCGGGGCCCGGAGAGGGCGGGCUUAGAACGCUCCCCGGGAGUGCGCGAGAGAGGCGGCGCGCGCGUGUGUGUGUCUGUCUGUCUCGUGCUCCUGUUCGGCUCUUCUGCUGCCCGCCCGCAGGUGCGAAGCAAAGAUGGGGUUUGCUGAGGACAAGGUUUAUGAGUACAUUAGGGAAUAUAUGUCCGAAUUCCAUCACAUCCGGGUGCUCCAGCUGAUUCGCUAUCUGCCGUGUCUCUCUGAUGCAGACAGGGAAGAGAUCGAAGCCUACGACGACAGGAAAGGGAACGAGCACGCCGUGUGGAAGCUCUUCGACUACUUGAAAUGCAGGAGUGGCUGGGUGAAGGAGCUCAUUGAGGCACUCAGGAAGAAUAGGCACCAUGAUCUCGCAGACAGGGUUCAGCGCAAGUACGAUGCUCACCAAGUCUGUCCUCGGAGCAAGGCACCACUUCCUGCGGUGCAUAACUCUCUGCCCAGCUACGCGUCCGUUUGCUCUCCGAUGCCACCACCGACUGCUAAUCCUGAUCCUCGGUGCGCUGGCCCCACCUUUGCGAACAAUCCCCACACGCCUCCGUUGCCUAGGCAGCCAGCAAGUCUCCCAGGGCCUGGCACACCCCUGCCUCUCCAGACGAAUCCGUCAGGAGCGGAAAGCUGCCACGACCUGGGAGACUACAAUAUUCCUGUGCAAGAAAUGGAGCCGAUGGCAAAGCAAAAGGUUACAGAAGAUGCCCUGACCCCAUGGAGGGAAGCUCCGAGUUUCCAACCCGCUGGGAACGCAGCACUAGCUGAUCUCAGGGCAUCACAGGAAGGCAGUAACCAUGGAGAUGGUCUGGCCCCAGCAGCAGUCCAUUUAUCUCCUGGAUCACCAGCGGGACACCUGGCUUGUGGGGGGAUGCCCAGAGGAGAGGUGGAAGUGGCUCAGCCAGGCAGACCAGUACCCGACCCAAGAGGACAGAGUCAGGACUGGGCCGGCCGCCAGCAGCAUCCGGUCUGUGUGAGUGGUGGGUAUUUUGGGAACAUGAAUCACCUGAACGUUGGGAACAGCAGAAAGGCAUCCGUGCCUGGAGAGCCUGUUCAGAGAGGGGAGCCGGCCGCCGCUCCUAGCCCAGAGGAUUUCAUGAACCAGCCAGAAGAGGUUUACUAUUCUUCUUUUGAGUGCUCUCCCCUGGCUUCCGGUGCCAACAGAGCUGUCCACGGGGAUAGGCAGCAGGCUGGAGAUUCGCUCCGGGAACAGAAGAUUCAGGCUUUGCAGGGUUACGAGAAUGGGAACCUGACGAGCAGCAUGGUGGAUGUUCAUGACCCUCUCCUCCUGCAGACCCAGUUUGAUGCAGAGCAGAAACGUGCCCAGGGACAGAGAGACCAUGGUGGAGAGAGGGAUGCGUUUCCCCUACACCAAAUCAGAGAUUCUGCACAAAGCACAUGCAGUUAUGGUGAUGUGGGAGCCAUCAAAGGAAGGGCUGACUCUAGUUCUGCAAUCGGAUCAGUGCCUGCCUCUCAGACAACAAGCACAAUCCCAAUGGACCUCAGUGAGGAUGCGACUGCUCGUGAUUUGGGAGCAUUACAUCUCGGCACAACACACUCGGCCAGUUCCUCUGAAAAACUGGCUUCAGGCCCCUCCACUGGACCUUCCCAGGGGAUUCCUGAGCAGAACCCAGGUAGCAGCAUCAAUUCCCACUGUGGUGGACGGUUGGAAGGGUGCCUAGCAGAUACCCCGGGAGUUGCCAGUGGACCAGCAAACAGCAGGGAUCCUCAAAGCAAAGUCCAGAUUCCAGCUUCUGCAGCUCACGUGCUACAUCCAGCUUCAACUCCUGGGCCCAGCAACGUUCUUCCAACCGGUUCCCCCAUCUAUCCCAGUACGACUGGAGUUCUCAAGCUCUCCAAUGCCAGGCCUGCUGUGGAAUUCUCUGACCUUAGUGACUUCUCCUCUACUGCUGUGAUUCCACCUAGUUCGCCUAGAUUGCCUUCUGACCCGUCAGGGCCAGCAUUCAACAGCGACCUGGGUGAGCUGAAAUCUCCCGUCCAAGAGCGCGAACUGCCAACGAGAGACACAGACAGCAGCAGCACCUCCAUGCCAAAGGAGAAUGCAAAUCGAGCGCCAAAGCCCCCUGCUCCAAGUGUGACCCGAACCAGCCCAGGGAUCCCUGGGAGCCCAGCUGGCACCACCGCAAGGGAGGCAGGGUGGGAGACCCAAAACGCCUUGCCAGGCCCCCGUGGGGGCUGCCAAGUGUUCUACAGUGAGCCGGAUGAAGAGGUGGUGCUCAGCAAGCCAGGCGUGCUAAUCUCCACUGGAGGCGUGGAGGAGCCAGCCACGAGGCAGCCAGAGUCACCCGAGACCAAUGUCCAAUAUUCUGGGAGGUCUGAUCGCUUCGUCCUCAGCAGCGAGUGCUCUCCGGACAGCAAUCCCCUAAUGAUAAGCGAAUCCAGCAGUGCCUGUUCCAGCUCCAGCAGAGCCCAGAGGAAUCAGCCUGAAGAGAAUCACUACUCCUCUCGCUCUGACCACCGCCCCCAACCUUGGGCUGCCAGCAAUGGCCCAAGAAGAGACGAGGGUACCAAAACCAGCAGAGCCUGCCUUCCGCCAGAGAACAGCAGCACCUGGGAUAGCACAGCUGUGGGAACUCACGAAGUCCAUGUGGUUGAGUAUACUAGCGCUGAUCUGGGGGAGGCUCCCUGCCUGCGGGAUGUAGCCAACGCCUACGAAAACCCAUCUCCAGCCAGCACUGGCUCCCUCAGGAGGCUCUCCGGAUAUUCCGACUCACCUUGGAAUUCAGAAGCCCCUCCAGGAAGUUCCCCCCAGAACGAUAACCGGCCAAGGCGAGACCGGGAUGGGACAUCUUUUCCCUUGAAGGACUAUAUACUGCCAGCUGCCGUUGCUGCUUUCACUUCUGUUGUGGCUUUCCUAUUCUAUAAGCAUCUGCGGAAAUAGGAGUCGAGCAGGGUGGAGAGAUUGUAGAGCAUCACUUCGUUCAGCCACAAAGUCAACAGUAAACUUCAUGCUUAGCUUUCUCUUACGUAGGAAUUUUAACUGGCAUACUUAAGGCUAGUCUGGAGGGUGGAAUUUCGAAUGCACUAUUCAGUCUUUUUUGGAAAUGAGGCAUGAGGCCUCAGAUGCCUGACCCCCUUGUGCUCUUCUCCAUCCUUGUUGUCACCAGUUGCCUUCUCAUAUACUUUCCUUCUCCUGCUGCACCUCAACUUCCCAUGCAAGCCGUCGCUGAUGGACCCUUACUUGAGACAGUGAAAUUCGCAACCCCUUCCGCAGAUGCUCAUUAUCCACACCUGUCUGUGGGCCGGUGCACUGGAAGCGGGGGGUACCAAAGAGACAGGUGGAGGCUUUCUACAAGAGAGAGCAUGUUGUCCUGUGAAUCACAGGAUUCCUACUGACCGCUCUGAGAGAAGGAGUUUCAUUUCCUUGCAGAAUCUGAAGUGUAUGAACAUCAAGAAAGCGCAGCUGGAGUCUGCUGCUAGGUUUUGCCCAACUUUAAAAUGCUGGUGCAUGGAGAGGGGCUGGGCACUAGCUCCUGUGCAGGUACUUGACCAGGGAUACUACCUUGAAUUCAAACGUGGUCCAUUGAGGGCUCUUCUGGCUUUCUCCUCCAGCCAGGCCUCGUGAUUGGGUUUGUGUUCACUCUCCCCUUCCUUCUUGCCCUGUGUUUGUGUAUGACUGACUGGGACCACAAUUCAGGAUCCUCUGCUGUCACUGAGUUGAAUGGCUGUGCUGCUGGUACAACUAUUCACUCACGUAGGGUGACCAGACGUCCCGAUAAAAUCGGGACCGUCCCGAUAUUUAAGUGUUUGUCCCGCGUCCCGACUGAUCUUUGAUCGGGGCGCACUUUGUCCCGAUAUUUGCUUCGCCAGCAGCACUUAGCUUUUUUUUUUUCUCUCUCUCCUGCUCAGCCGGCACGAGCCCCCCCGUCCCGAUAUUUUCUUCCUGUCAUCUGGUCACCCUACACUCAUGGAGGGCUAGCAUGAGGCCUGUUUUUGCCAGUCAAAUCUCAUUGGCAACUAGGCCCUAUGCACUGGGGUGAUUUCACCCUUAGCGUAUACCUCACUGGCUUGAAUCCAGACCAGAUCAGUAACUUGGUUGUUAACAUCUAAUGCCUUUUCAGUGCCCUGUGUGAAAUGAGCAGGGUCUGAAGAUCUCCUGCUCAGCAAGUAACCAAGUUACAAAAAUCCCACAGCUGGUCCCACAGGUGGCAGUCCCAGGUUUAAAAUGGACCCUGGAGGUUAAAUUACCAUUCUGUAUGCCUACGGGGGGUCUCUCCAGGUUUGAGGCAGGUGGGGAAGUUUGCACUGCCGCUUCCAUGCUGUAUCUGUUCUGUGACUAAGUAGAGAGGUCAAAUUGACUGUCACCUUUCACUAGCACUAAAUUCUCUCCCCAUGCCUGCCGAGGACACCACUAAUCUUGUGGUUUCCCUUCUCCUCUGAGCAUACAUUUCCCAUACCUGUCAUGCUGCAUAGCUUUAAUCAGAGCAUGGGAUUACAUGCAAAUGCAGGCGUUGCCUAUUGCAGUGCUAGGCCUCCAAAUUGUCGGGGCAUAGUUCUACUGUAGAAUCAGGCUUUAAGUGGAAAUAGGGGGUGGGAAUUAAGUAGUUUGAGAGAGCUCAGCCACCAUCGUGGUGAUGGUAAUGUAUGUAACUGGGGCUGUGGGUCAAUUGAAGCAACUCUCCAGCAGGAUUCAAGGAACAGAGAAUGUCUUUCCAGCUUCACUGCUCCAGCAAGGAUGAGGUUUGCUCCUUCUCCUGUUGCAUUGUCUCAGUAGUUUUGCUAAUGGUUAGGGCCACGAUUUUGGCAAGGGUAUUUUAUUGAAAGUCACGGGCAGGAUAUGGGACAUAAACAAUAAAUCAUGGCUAUGUAUACAGGGCCAGCGUUAAGGGGUAGCAAACAGGGCAAUUGCCCGGAGCCUGCGAAGCUAAGUUACAAGUGGUGGGGCUCAGGCUUUGGCUUCAGUGGAAUUUUGAGGAAGUUGCAGAGGCUGCCAGGCUGGGGUCAGGAUUUAAAGGGCCUGGAGCUUCCGUGGCUGUGGGGAGC